GCCGAUUCUGAAACAGUCUGUUCUCUUCAAAUCGGGAACGAAACACAUAAUUUUUCCUGUCGGAUGUCACAAUACUUUGCGAAAUCCGUCCUCGCGUCUCUGAUCAAUGAUCAUUACAAAUAAAGAGUAGAAUCAGAAUCGAUCUUCGAACACUUGGAUCAAAUUUGUUAAGAGAAAAUGGCUUCUCAGACUGAGGAAAACGAAGAUUUGGAUCGGCUUUUAAAAGAGAAAUUUACGAAUGACUUCCGUAAGGGGUACGUGACCGUGCAAGGUGUUUGCCUGCCGAUCACGUACAAAAGAUUCGAGGAGGAGAUUGAGAAUUUCGAAGUGAAGGAUGACGAUGUUUGGGUCUGCAGUUUUCCCAAAAGCGGAACGACUUGGACUCAGGAAAUGAUCUGGUGCAUCGGGAACAACGUGGACUUGGAAGAAGCAAAGAAAACUCUCUUAAUCGACCGGUUUCCGUUUUUGGAGCUGACCGUGCUUUUCGAUUACGAGAAUGUCACGAAACUUCACCCGGACCGUAAACUUACCCUGCGGACCAGCAACAGCGUGGCUUACACGAGAAAUAUGCCGAGUCCGAGAUUCAUCAAAUGUCAUUUGCCUUUUCACCUGCUACCGCGUCAGAUUCGAACUGGCGAGAAGAAACCGAAAAUCGUUUACGUCACCAGAAAUCCGAAAGAUACCUGCGUUUCGUAUUAUUAUCACUCUAGAUUGAUGGAGGAUUAUCGCGGUAAUUUCGAUGAAUUCUGUCGUUUGUUUCUGGGACACAAGCUUAAUUAUACUCCGUAUUGGGAUCAUGUGGUUGGCUUCUGGACUAGGCGAAAUGCCAUGUCGAACAUUCUCUGCAUAAAAUACGAGGACAUGAAGGCCGACUUGGCCGCGGUGAUACGAAAAGCUGCAGCGUUUUUGAACAAACCGGUGCCCGAAGAUAAAAUGGAAAUGUUAGUGAAACACUUAUCAUUCGAUAGCAUGAAAACUAAUUGGUCUGUGAAUUACGAGGAACAAAUCGCUGGGAUGCAGAAGCUAAACACGAUCACUGCCGAUGGCAAGUUUAUCCGAAAGGGUCAAGUAAAUCAAUGGAAGGAAGAAAUGCCACCGAGCGUAAUUAAGAAGUUCGACGAGAUGACGAAAGAAAAAUAUGCCCCGCAUAAUCUUUCCUUUUAAGAUCAGGUCUUCUUACCUGCCGUCAUAAGCGGCGUUCGUCCUCGCGAGUCUUUUUGAUUAAUCGAAGCGCCAGAAUCUAAAAGGAAUUUCACGUUCUCGGAUCGUUCGCCUAUGAUGGCGUAUUGAAGACAAGUCCAGCCUCUACUAUAAAUGUAUUUGCAUUGAAUAAAAAUAUGUUCGAACCUUUGUUAAA